AUGCUUCGAACAUCGAUCCCAAGAAGCUGUAUGACCAGAAUCCGAACUCCUCAGUUUUGCCAAUCGUUUGUCACGGCACGGCCAAACUGGAGUGAAGGCGACACUGGAGCAAUACGGCCAGGCGGGGUUGCUGUGAGUGACCCAUUCAAUCGCCGGGAACAAGUCUUGGAGAACAUGUAUUUCAAGCAACACGAAAUAGAAAAUAUUCGGAAAUUGAGAGAAAAGCUCGCUGCCCAGCGGAAACAUCUAGACGAAGUGGAGAUUCAUCUCAACGAAAUGGAGGCAGCCGCACUCAAAGAAGCACAAGCAAAAGUGGGUGCGGCAGCAGAGCAAAGGCUGUAA